CGUCUCUGGCUAAACUGGGGAGAACGGCUUCGACGUCAUUUUGGCGCUUGAGUAUGAAGCGCGGGGAAUUUUACGGGGGAGAGGACAGCGUUGAGCAGUGAAAGUUUGUCGCGUACAACAAUUUAUAGAGAAGUACAACAAAACGUGACCAUGCAGAGAAGUAUUGCUUCUUUUUUCCAGCCCAAGGGGAAGAAGAAAGAGGAGAACAGCGCUCCAGGAAAAGUGAAAAAUGAGCCCGUCAAAUCUCCGCUCAAACCCCAGAACGGGUUUGUGGCGAGCGAUUCGCCGGUGAAGAAGGUCAGCAAGCGCAGUCGGCCAGUCAUAAGCAGCGAUGACGAGGAGGAAGAGGAGGUUGCUGGGAAGCAGGAGGCGGCGGCCGCCCCGCCCUCGCAAGAGAAGGAGGCAGCAGUGAGGAGCCCUGCUCCAGCCACUCCCUGUACUCCCGUUUCCCCGGCUGGUGCCGUUACCCCGGUGACCCCCGCCACUCCUGCUCCUGCUGCGGCUGCCGCCUCUCCCAGCACCCCGUCCUCCAUCUCCCCGAGCGGGAUCCCCAAACGCAAGACCGCCCGGAAACAGUUUCCCAAGAGAAAGCUGGACUGCGCCAAUCGUGACGAUGAUGAUGAUGAGGAGGAGGGGGAUGAAGAGCGGCAGGAGGUGAAGAGGGCCAAGCUGGAGCCGGCCGAGGGCGAGAGACCUCCGGUCACUACAGAGAACAAACCAGAAGUAAAGGAGGAGGAGGAGGAGGAGAUGGAACAGGAACAGGAACAGGAAGCAGAGCCAGUGAGAGGGGAGGAAGAGGACGCCCCAGUGAAGGAGAAGAGAGAGGAAGAGCCGACCGUAGCAAAGGAGAAAGAAAAACCAUCCGUUAAGGCAAAACCCACAAACAGCUUCUUUGCCCCCAGGAAGGUGGCGGUGAAGCUGGAGAGACCGCCGGAGAAGAGAGGAGGUGGGAAGGAGGUGCAGGGAGACGGGGAGGGGGAGGGAGAGGAGGAGGAGGAGAAGAAUGAGGAGAAGGAGGAGAAGAAGGAGGAGAAGAAGGAGAAGAAGAAGGAGAAGAAGGCCAGCAGUAAGAGUGACUCUGGCUGUAACCCUGAAGACUACAACCCUUCACACGCCAAGUACCACCCUGUGGAUCACGCCUGCUGGAACCGGGGUCAGAGGGUCCCAUACCUGGCUGUGGCGCGUACCCUGGAGAAGAUUGAGGAGGAGUCGGGCAGACUGAAGAACAUCGAGACCCUUUCAAACCUGCUGCGCUCUGUGCUGGUCCUCUCACCAGAUGACCUGGUGUGCUGUGUGUACCUCUGUCUGAACCAGCUGGGCCCCGCCUACCUAGGGGUGGAGCUUGGCGUGGGAGAGAUGGUGCUGAUGAAGGCUGUUGCCCAGGCAACCGGGCGACAGCUGGACAAGAUCAAGGCGGAGGCCCAGGAGAAGGGGGACCUGGGAUUGGUGGCCGAGAGUUCCCGUAGCAACCAGAGGAUGAUGUUCGUGCCGGCCAGCCUGACGGCGGCGGGCGUGUUCGCCAAGCUGAAGGACAUCGCCAAGAUGGCUGGGAACUCUUCCAUGAAUAAGAAGAUUGACAUCAUAAAGGGCCUUUUCGUGGCCUGCAGACACUCCGAGGCCCGGUACAUCGUCAGGUCUCUGGCGGGGAAGCUCAGGAUCGGGCUGGCAGAGCAGAGUGUGCUGGCGGCCCUGAGCCAGGCCGUGUCCCUCACCCCUCCUGGACAAGAUUUCCCUCCCCAGGUCCUGGAUGCUGGUUUGGGGAAGUCUGCGGAGAGUAGGCGGAGCUGGCUGGAAGAGAACGCCCUCAUCCUGAAACAGACAUACUGUGAGAUGCCCAACUAUGAUGUCAUCAUUCCUGUCCUCCUGAAGGAGGGAAUUAAAGAACUGCCCAAGCACUGCAAGCUCACGCCGGGCGUUCCUCUGAAGCCCAUGCUGGCCCACCCCACUAAGGGCGUGUCUGAGGUGAUGAAGCGCUUUGAUGAAGCUGCUUUCACCUGCGAAUACAAAUAUGACGGAGAGAGAGCUCAGAUCCACAUCCUGGAGAACGGGAACGUGCACGUCUUCAGCCGCAAUCAGGAGGACAACACCACCAAAUACCCCGACAUCAUCUCCAGGAUACCAGGGGUGAAGAGGGAGUCCGUGCGCUCCUGCAUCGUGGGCGAGGCCGUGGCCUGGGACCGGGAGAAGAAGCAGAUCCAGCCCUUCCAGGUGCUGACCACGCGCAAGAGAAAGGUGGGAUGUGACGCGUCUGAGAUCAAGGUGCAAGUGUGCGUUUACGCCUUCGACCUGCUCUACCUGAACGGAGAGUCUCUGGUGAAGGAGCCCCUCUCUCGCCGACGGGCCCUGCUGAAGGAGAGCUUUGAGGCGCGGGAGGGAGAGUUUGUUUUCGCCCAAGCGCUGGACACUGACAGCACAGACACCAUCGGGGAGUUCCUGGAGCAGUCUGUCCGAGACUCGUGUGAGGGGCUCAUGGUCAAGACUCUGGAAAAAGAUGCUACCUAUGAAAUCGCCAAGCGCUCUCACAACUGGCUCAAGCUGAAGAAGGACUACCUGGACGGCGUGGGGGACACGGUGGACCUGUGUGUGAUCGGGGCGUACCUGGGCAAGGGCAAGAGGGCCGGGCCUAUGGGGUGGUUCCUGCUGGCCUGUUACGACCAGGAGAACGAGGAGUUCCAGUCCAUCUGCAAGAUCGGAACGGGGUUCAAGGACGAAGACCUGGAGCAGCAUUUCAACUUAUUUAAGGUACAAACUCAUUUCAGGUCCUUAAACCUACAGAUCUAAUUUCACAUCCUUAAAUCUUCAGAAUCAAUUCAGGUCUUU